AUGGCUAUCAUGAACAUGAGCUGUAAUGAUUGCUGGAUCCAAGGAACAAAUCAUAGUGACCUUUUAACUCGACAGACCUCAGCAGUAGAGACAAAACUUUUGGUUGCUAUGUUAAGCUUCACUAUAGUAACGGACAUAAUUGGAAAUGGUUUGGUGAUUUUUUCAGUUCUGAGAACCAAAAAGCUAAGAAAUUCUGGCAAUGUUUUUGUCAUCAGCUUGUCAAUUGCUGACCUCAUUGUUGCUCUUUAUCCCUAUCCUGUAGAUCUGAUUGCCAUUUUCAAUGAAAUGUGGACACUUGGAGCUAUGCACUGUAAAUUAAGUGGAAUCGUCCUCAGCUUAGGUGUCAUUGGUUCUGUUUAUAGCAUUACAGCCAUAGCAGUUAACCGGUACUGUUGUAUUUGUCACAGUAGCACAUACGACAAGCUAUACAGUAGGAAGAACACCUAUUGUUAUUUUGGCAUUCUUUGGAUCCUUACGAUCAUAGUCUUGCUGCCCAUCAUCUUUGUUGAUGCUUUGCAAUAUGACCCACAUGUAUAUGCAUGCACAUUUAUACAGAGUGUUAAUGCAUCAUGUGCCAUGUUUGUAGCUGUUAUCCACUUUAUUGUUCCAGUUUCAGUCAUCAUCUUCUGUUACUCAAGCAUUUGGAUCUUACUUAUUCGGGUCAAGUACCGAGUCCGGCAGGACAGCAAGCAGAAAUUGAAACCUUCAGAAGUACGAAGUUUUCUGACUAUGUUUACAGUGUUUGUGAUUUUUCUUAUUUGUUGGGGUCCAUUUAGUGUUAAUAGCUUGAUUUUAGGCUUCCAUCCUCCUGGAAGAACACCAGAAGUGCCUAAUUCAUUAUAUGUACUAAGUUAUUAUAUUGCCUAUUUUAAUAGUUGCCUUAGUGGUAUUAUUUAUGGAAUUAUGAACAAAAAUUUUCGACAGGAAUACAAAAAAAUACUUGCAAUGUUAUGUUUACCAGCACUGAAGUGCAAGAAGACAUCUUAG